UUGUAGCGGGCGGCCGGAGAUCGAUCGUCGCCCCGCCGCUGGGUUAGCGUGGCACGGCGGCGGCCGGCGCCUCUCCGCCGCGUCUCUCUUUCUGCCCCUAUGACCCGCAGUAGGAAGCAGGCGGCGGUGGAGAGGGCAGCCGGGGAGAUGAACCCAGAGGCGGGGAGCGCGGCGUCCGCGGGAGCCCGGGAGGCGACGGGGGCAGCCGGCGGCGAAGCAGCGCCCGCCGCCUGGGGGCUGGAAGGGGAGGCGGAGAAAGUUGUGUACUCGCGCUCGCAGGUCUCCUUCGCCGGCACCAAGGCGCUGGGAGACGCCCUCAAGCUCUUCAUGCCCAAGUCCACGGAGUUCAUGAGCUCCGACUCGGAGCUGUGGAACUUCCUCUGCAGCCUCAAGCACGAGUUCUCCCCGGUCAUCCUCCGCAGCAAGGACGUCUACGGAUACGCCUCCUGCCGCGCCGUCGUCCCCGACCCGCUGCCGCCCUCGGCGGAGCGGCCCCGCCACCGCGCCGGCAAGCGGCGCCUCCCCGCCGCCAACAAGCGCCGGGCCAGGGCGGCGGGCGGCAGCGCCAAGCGGCGGCGGCGGCGCCGGAGGGGACGGGAGAGGCAGCGACCGGCGGCCGACAGCUCCCGCGUCGGGAGGGAGGCGGAGGGGGCGGCGGGGCCGCCGGGCGAGGAGGCAGGCAACGAGCGGGGCAUCUCGGCGGAGGGGCCCGCCUUGGAGGCUUUCGGCGGCAGGUCGCUGGAGGAGAUCUGGAAGGCGGCCACCCCCCGCCUCACCACCUUCCCCACCAUCCGGGUGCGGGGCAGCGUCUGGAGCCGGGGGAGCUUGGCGGCCGCGCGGCGCCGAGCGCAGCGAAUCCUCGGCGUGGACCUGUCGCCCGUGGUGCGGGUGCGCCGCUUCCCCGUGGCGCCGUCCUGAGGCUGCGGGGGGCGGGGAGGGUGGUGUGGGGAUGGAAAGGCUGGCGCCUCGCCUUCGCCGCGGUGCGGACAAAGAGACCGGUAUCAGUCACCUGUUUACAUUGCUUUUGUCUGGAUCGUGUUCUGCUGCUGCACUUUACAGCUCGCUCGGGCGGGGGCCGGGCGGGGGGCGGCCUGCUGGGCUCCGCGCAGCCGGGGCCCCCGGCUGGGCCCCGUCCCGCCUGGCAGGUAUCGCGCGUGGGGACAAAGUUCCACUUUUUUCUCUCCCAUUGGACUACCUCACUGGUCCAGAAGUCCACCCAAGAAGUUAUUUUCCAAAGGAACUUACUUUCAUGCUUGUAUAUUAAAGCACCAUCUGAUUCUUGCUAUUUUUUCUUUUUUUCUUCCCACCUUUUCCGAUGGAUUAUGUAUGCUUUGUGGUGUUGCACUAGUAUGUGCUCAGGGUAUUUUUGAAUCCCAAGCAUUCCCAAGUUUCAGUUUACUCUGAUCAAGGAUGCGUAAGGAAUGGAGGUUCAGGACGUGGCUGUUCUUGAUGGUGCAAAAACUCUUCUUUUUAAAUUUCAUGGUCUUAGUGAUAUAUAAAGAUGUAUCGCGCAGUAUAAUUGUUACACUUUUGUAUCUAAAGUCAUUUUUAAAGUUUUCUAUUUGAACUAAGUAUUUGUUUCUAUUGAGCACCUAAAGAUAGAAUCAUCCUGAUAUUUUAUAACCCUGUUUACUUUAGGGAAGCUCAUUUUGUCAACCUAAAUGAACUUAAUAAAAGUCAAAGAACAA